GAGUGUCUGAUAAAAUUUUUAAAUUACUGUGUGAGAAUUUUUAUUUGAUGUUUUUUGGUAAAAAACCCAAAAAUACUGAUCGCUAACAAUGGAAUUUCGGUAUUAAAGGGAAAUUAAAUAAUUAUUUGAUAGAGUGAGGUAAUUAUUUUUCGUUAAAAUUUGUAAUUUAUACAUAAUUUUGGAUUGUUACUUUGUUACUAGGGAAAAAAAAUAAACAAACGAAAAAAAUUUUUAAAUAUGAACAGUGCAAAUGAGAAUGAUAAAUGUAAAAUUAGGAUUAUUGGAACAGAUGUUUAUGAGGUUUCAUUUCAAAUUAAGAUAAAAGGUGACUCUUUAAAGAGAAGUAUAGAUCAUUUGACUUAUAGGUUUAUCAUUGAUGAUGAACCCAAAGCGUAUACUUUUAAAACAAGAGAAAUAUCUUUAACCGGUAUUAAACCUAAUUCAGUAAAUAAGGUGAAAAUUGAAAGCUUUUACUCAGAAUACGAUACAUUUAAAAUAUCUAAUGAAGUUAUUAUAAAAUGCCCGAAAAAACCCCCACCUCCGGUUAUACAAACUGUGCCAAUUGAUGAAGCUUCUCAGAUGACCAUAAGAUGGAAAAAACCUUAUUCCAUGCAGAAAGUUAAGAAAAAAAAAGAUAUUUGUUUCUAUAGAGUAUUCAUGAGUGAUAAGCAAAUUGGAGAAGUUGAUGCUGCUGAUAUAUCAUAUGAUAAUUACUAUAAAUUUCCGAUACAUAAAAGCGGAAAUGAACAAUAUUCAGAUAUAUAUGUCAGAUCAUAUGCUGGAGAGAACAUUACAACUGGAGAUAGUCGGGAAAAAGUUUAUUGUAUAUCCGAGAGUGAAAACUCGAAUAUAAUUCCAGUUACAUUCCUAAAUUUUAACGAACAGUCACCAGUAACAAGUAUUCAGGAAAUCAGUACAAAGAGGAUUGUUAUUAACUGGAGUGUACAUAAAGCAGCUCGCGAUCCACCAACUAUUGGAUUUCAUUUGAUAAAGAAUAAUGAACUUCACGGUUCAAUAUUACCGCCUGAACAAACUUCCUUUGAGCUAACUGAAUGUAUUUUGGGGGAAACGUUAUCAUUACAACUCAUUCAAAUAUUCGCUAAGAAUAGUUUAAAUUGUAAACAAUAUGAAACAUAUGAUUUAGUCUCCUCAAUACCAGCUACUCCUGAAGACUUUAUAAAAUUUUACAUAAGAGGAUCGCCUCUAAUAUGCAGAUUUGGAAAAAAGAUUACUUUUAAUUAUACUAAUUUAAAUUGUCCAAUAGAUGGCGUAAAACUUGUAAAUUUAACGGAAAAUUCUGCUAAAAUAACUUGGAAGACGAAAAAUUUGGACGAUAAUAAACAUUUUAUUGAUAUAAAUAAUUUUUUAGUUAAGUGGUGGCCUGGAGAGUAUUCCAAGGAAAAUGUAAAAGUUUCCAAUACUGAGGAUAGGGAAUUUAUGAUGGACAAUUUAAUACAAGGUCUACAAUAUACUGUUGUUGUUGAAUCGUUAAGGGAGGAACUCAAUACACAAAUGAGCGACCAAUUAGUAAUCUAUUCAGAAAAAUCAGCUCCAUUAAAAUUUCAGAUGAUUACUUUGAAAUCACCGAUAACGAAUUUGGAAGUGGUGGAAUCAAACUCAUCAUCGAUUAAACUUCAGUGGAGAAAUAUGCUUGAUUCACCAGUUCAUCCUAUGUGCUUUAGAAUUGAUGCCACUCUUAGAAACUCAUCCGAGAAAGUUUCAGCGUUAAUAGUUGACUCUGAUAAAGAGACAGCACUAAUCACUAAUUUGAAAGAAAAAUCGAAAUAUCUCAUUUCAUUUACAGUUGUGACAAAGGAAUAUAUGGAGAAUUAUUCUGAAGUGCAUUCCUCUGAAAUACUUGAAAACGAUGAGCCUCCGCCUAAAGAUGUUUGGCUUCCGAGAACAAAUAUCUUGGGAAUGACCUCCGGUGCUGAUCCCCCAUCGGACAUUCACUUCAUUAAAGCUACACUAACUUCUAUUAUGGUUUCGUGGGAACCGGUUACAAUAUAUGGCUCUUAUAGACACCAAGGAAGUUUCCUUAAGUGGGCGGAAGUAGAUCAAUUUGGGGAUACUCAAUCAGAAAAUGAAGAUGAAGAUUACUUUAAAAUGGCAGUUGAAUCUAAUAACGCGAUUAUAUCCAAUUUGAAACCAGCUGCUUAUUAUAAAGUCUUUGUCGAAUCCGUAAUAAGCGUUAAAUUAGAUUUGGACGAUAAAAACUCGCAGAGAGAUACAAUUCUCCAAAAAUCGAAAGUAUACUCUUUCAAGAUGGAAAUUACUUGUCCAUCCCCAAAACCUUUUAUCACUGGAUUCACAGCAACCUCCAUCUCCGUUGGAUGGAGGAAGCCUAUUUUAUUUGUAGAUAUCGGGACUGGUGAAGACGGAAGUCCGAGAUAUCAAAAAUUGAAUCUAAUGGGUUAUAAACUGAGAAUAAAUGAUAGGCCACCUGUUAUUUUGCCACCCUCCAAACAAGAAUUCAAGGUAAAAGAAUGCAAGCAAGGAGAGAAGACUAGAAUCGUUCUUAUUGCACUUACUAGUACACAACUGGAGGAAAAUGAUAAGAAUAGUGUUAGGUCGUCAACUGAUUCUGAGAGAUCUCUUGACAAGGAAUACAAUAGUUCUAAUUUUACGUUAUCCUCAAGCGUAGAGAAUGACUGUGUUGAAUCUUUCUCCAAAGAGUUAUACUUUAUUAUACCACAGAAGGAGAUCGGACAACUUUCAGAGUGUGGUAUAUCAUAUUUAAAAUCGGAUACUGAUGAUGUAAAUAACGAAAAUAUGGAGUUAAAUUGGGAUAUUUACGGUUCUAGAGAAAAUGUCAAAAAGGUUCGAGUGACUUACGGUAAUUUAGCAGAGAAAGAGAAAAGGGAAACAAUCUUCCUUGAUCCGUUAUCAUCGGUAGAAAUACUACCAAUAUUAGAGCAAUCAUGUAUUCAAGAAGUUGUUGUAACUCUUUACUCAAAGAACAACAAAUUAAAACCAUCUUCUAUUAAAUUUCACUGUGCUACACCCGAAAGACUCUUCUCUCCAACUAUUUUUGUUAGCAAUACUACAUCCGAUGAAUUCUUGAUAGAAUGGAAUGAACCAGAGCUUUGGGAUCUUGAAAGCAAUACUUAUCAGUUAUAUAUAAAUGAAGAGAAAACUAAACCGCUGCUGAAGUUGGAUCAAAGGAUGCUAUCAAUAAACCGUAACCAAGAACUGCAAAGAGUACAGUUACAGGCAAUAUCUAAUUCUGAAGGCAUAGAGAAUUCGUAUUUGUCAAACAUCUUAGAAGUUCUCCCUGUUGCAACAGAGAUAUUUGCCAUAUCCGUAGAUGAUGUUACCGACACAGCCAUAGACUUGAGCUGGAAGUCUUAUUCAGAAGGUUCAGAUUUUCAUGAAUAUGAGCUUGUUUGGAAGAAUGAAGAAUUUGAUAGUCUAAUAACAAAAAAAACAAGAAUCAGAAAAGGAGAAAAAAAUUGCGUCAUUCAUAAAUGUCAUCCUGGAACUGUCUAUUACAUUACUCUAUACGCAAUUGAUAAAUCAGACAAUAUCUUGAGUAAAACGGUUGAGACUUGUAUAGAAACUUCAGCUUUUCCAGAAAAGCCCAAGUUGCGAAUAUCAUCAAUAAAUUUAGAAUCAAUUACAGUUUGUUGGGAUGAAUGCAGGACUUUCGGCCGGGCAGAAAUUAUUAUUUAUAAAAUAUAUGUUAAUAGUAUAUUUGAAAAAGCUGUUCCAUCCGAUCAACUAUAUUUUACUUAUUGCAAAGUUUAUCCUCUAAAGCAGUAUGCCUUUCAAGUUCAAGCUGUGACAGCAGGAAACUAUUCGGAUAGUGAAUUAUCAGAUACUGUUGUAGCUACCUUGCCCAGGUUUAAACCUCCAUUUUUAGAAGAUUCAUUUCCUUUUGAUAGGGAUACUUUCAUAGUUUGCUGGGAACCUCCUCAUAUCGAAAAUCUAGAAAUAAAGUAUUUUAAACUUAUAUGCCAAGAUGAAAAAAUGGGUGAUGUUGUUCAAGUUAUUUCUGAUCUCGACAAUUUCACAACAAAAGCAGAACUAAAAAAUCUGGGUAUUGGAAUAUUUAAUAUUUAUUUAGAAAUUCAAACUUGUGAAUCGAAGAAAAUUUUUAAAUCUGGAAUCUUAAGAAUUGUUCAAGGAAUUAGGCCUAAUCCUCCAACGAUUUCUCUAUUAUUAGUUGACCUAAAGGAGAGAUUAGCUUGUAAGAAAUUAUGCUGCGACUUAAUAAAUGAACGAGAUAAAUUAAUAAGUGUAAUUAAUAGCUCGCAUAGAAAUCUUGUUCAAACAAGAGCGAGAGGAUACUUGAUCAAUGUAAAUUUUCAAUUAUUGAGAUGUUUACGGUUUUUGAGACUGUCAUCACAUUCUAUUAAAGUUCGCCUUCGAUGGGUAAAACCUCAAGAUAAUCCUGAAGUUCCUGUCUCCGGUUAUCAAGUAGUAGUCAAUGGAAAAUUAUAUGGCUCUAUAUUAAAUAAAACAGUCAAUCAUAUAGAGCUACAGCUUAGCCCAAAAACCUUAAAGUAUAAAAUAUCAAUGGUCUCCGUCUGCAGUAAAAAGCAAUGUAUAAGCAAACAUUCAGAGGCUAUUGAAUUUUUAACGAAACCAUUUUUACCUUUCCACUACUUUGCUUUUUUUGACAAUUUGGGAAGUAUUUUUGAACAGAGCCUUAAAAUCGAAAAGCAUAUGCCAAUAUCUAGGAAUAUGCAGAUAAAAUUUGCUAAAUGGAGUAUAUCUUUAACCUCUCUUUUGGCAGUAAACAUUUUUGAUGGAAAUGUACAGAAUUUGACAUCUUUCAGAGGAUCAAAUUAUCCAACAGCUUUAUUAUUUUGGUCAAAUUUGAAUCCAUAUUCAUUUGAAAUGCUAAAAUGGUUUGCCAAAUUUGCUGAAUCAACUAAACUAAGAGCAAGCUUCAUAUCGAUACUUUCUUCGAAAAGUAUCAUUAGCAAUUAUGCAAGAGAAAUUGUUGCUCAUAAAAUAAAUCAAACUAUUAGGAGAAAUGACAAUUAUGUACAUCACUUUGCAUCAAAUUCCUCAACUUAUAAUAAAGGUUGUGGCAAAGACAUUCUCUUGUCACUCGGUGUGAAAGGUGUUCCAACAGUAAUUGUUAUACAUCCAAAAGAUAAUAUUGUAUGGAAAGGAAGAUAUUGUGCCCAGAAUUAUGAACAUUUUGAAACUUUCAUGUCGUAUGUUUUAACUGCUGAAGGUAGAGAAGAUAUGACAAAUCCUUGGAAAUUUAACAAUAACUUUGCAUCAGCCAGAAGAUCGAAAAUCUUAUCGAAAAGAAGCAAAUUAAAGUCUGCUAAAGAUCGUACCGCUGAGAAUGAAGGGAUGACUAUCAAUGAUGGUCCAAUUUCAACAUCAACUCGUACUAAGUUUAUCUGUUGA